UAAAGCACUUUUGUCCUAUUAUAAAAAGUUAUAAAGUUAUAUUACAGUUUUUAUAAAGAUGUUGGAGAGUGAGGUGGAAGAAUUUGGGAUUAUUUGUGCCAUUUCUGGUCCUGUAGUUAUUGCCGAGAAAAUGACGGGAUCCUCAAUGUUUGAAAUGGUAAAAGUUGGCCAUAUGAAACUUAUUGGUGAAAUAAUUCGUUUGGAGGGAGAUAGUGCUACUAUACAAACUUAUGAAGAAACCUCUGGUUUAAUGGUUGGAGAACCUGUUAUAAAAACUGGUAAACCUCUUUCUAUUGAACUUGGCCCUGGAAUAUUUGGUCGAAUGUUUGACGGAAUUCUCAGGCCUUUGAAGGAAAUCUAUAAUGUUUCCAAAAGUAUAUAUGUUCCUCGUGGAAUUGAUCUUUUGCCCUUGGAUCGAGAACAAACUUAUUCCUAUACUCCUUCCAAUCUUAAAAUUGGCGACGAAGUAACGGGUGGGGACGUUAUUGGUUAUGUUGAAGAAAAUAUUUUAAUUCAACAUAAAAUUUUAGUCGCACCGAAUGUUAAAGGGAUCGUUACUUAUCUCGCGCCUGCUGGCGAGUAUAAUAUUGAAAAAGUUGUGAUGCGCACGGAAUAUAUGGAGAAGCAAACGGAGCAUAAGCUCUAUCACGUGUGGCCUGCACGUGUCCCUAGACCCGUUUUAGAGAAGCUCAGCUCAGAUUUUCCGCUUUUCACUGGCCAGCGCGUCUUGGACGCUUUAUUUCCCUGCGCUCAAGGCGGCACCACUGCAAUUCCUGGUGCGUUUGGCUGCGGAAAAACCGUCAUAUCCCAAUCGCUUUCCAAAUAUUCCAAUUCUGAAGUUAUUGUGUAUGUCGGUUGCGGCGAGCGUGGAAACGAAAUGGCUGAAGUUCUUAAGGACUUUCCAGCGUUAUCAGUGGAAUUUGACGGCAAGGAAGUUAGUAUUAUGAAUAGAACAACACUUAUAGCCAACACUUCCAACAUGCCUGUGGCUGCACGCGAGGCCUCUAUAUAUACUGGAAUAACACUUGCUGAAUACUUUCGUGAUCAAGGAUUACACGUGACUAUGCUAGCAGACUCGACUUCACGCUGGGCGGAGGCUCUUCGCGAAAUUUCUGGUCGUUUAGCCGAAAUGCCCGCAGAUAGUGGCUAUCCAGCUUAUCUUGGCUCUCGAUUGGCGAAUUUUUAUUCUAGAGCCGGAAAAGUCACGUGUAUUGGCAGUCCUAAGCGAAACGGAUCUGUUACUAUUGUUGGGGCGGUUUCUCCUCCAGGAGGCGACUUUUCGGAUCCGGUGACGUCAGCCACCUUGAGCAUCGUACAAGUGUUUUGGGGCCUCGACAAAACGUUGGCGCAGAGGAAACAUUUUCCAUCAGUCAAUUGGUCGCUAAGCUACAGCAGUUACGUGGAACCGCUAGAAAAUUAUUAUGAUAAAAAUUAUCCGGAUUUUCUUCGUUAUAGAAAAAUAAUAAAAGAUAUUUUACAAAAAGAAGAGGAGCUUUCCGAAAUUGUCCAAAUAGUCGGGCCGGGGUCGCUAGGAGAAAGCGAUCGAGUGACGCUAGAAACUGCAGCUCUUAUAAAAGAGGACUUUUUAAGACAAAAUGGGUACUCUGAAAGUGAUAAAUGCUGCCCAUUUUAUAAAACGGUCGGCAUGAUGAAGAAUUUCUGCUUAUUUUAUGAACUCGCUAAGCGAGCCGUCACCUGGGAUAAAGACGAGCGCAGAUUCACGUGGUCUACUAUUGCCGAGCAGCUGGCCGAGCACAUCAACGCGCUUUCAGCUUUAAAAUUUUUGAAUCCUCAAAGUGGCAAAGAAAAUAUUAUGACUUCUAUAGCAGCUCAAGCCGAAGAAAUGACCGCUGCAUUUAGCACUUUAAUGGAUUAA